CUCAUAAAACUUAUUGUUGACUUGAUAUUGAAAGCUUUAAAAGCUGAAAACUAUUAACUAAAAAACUAUCCAAAGUCCAAACAGAGGGUAGAGAAGGAGAGAGAGCUUCUCGAGAUCUACCUUUUCUACAUUUCUCCAAUUCUGACAAACCCAUAAGAGAAAAAAUGGGAGCUUGAAGAUCUAAAGGAAUAAUUUUUUAGUUGAAGGCAUCAACAGUGAAAAUAAUGGGGUGUACAUUUUCAGGGUUGAAUGCAUUAUACGACGCCGUCAAUGGGGGAGGGGACGUUUGGAUCAACGACAACAGGUUCAGGAUCGUUAGACAACUGGGUGAAGGUGGGUUCGCCUAUGUUUUCCUGGUUAAGGAAGUCAUGUCCGAUUCCUCUUCAGCUUCAGCCUCUGGCUUAGCCAAAAAAGUCAAGGACCCUUCUCAUCUCUCUGAUGAUGGAACUUAUGCAAUGAAGAAAGUUCUCAUUCAGAAUAAUGAGCAGUUGCAAUUGGUUCGGGAGGAGAUCCGUGUUUCCUCCUUGUUUAGUCACCCUCAUUUGCUUCCGCUUCUUGAUCAUGCUAUCAUUGCUGUCAAGCCUACACAAGAAGGAUCAUGGAAUCAUGAAGCAUACUUACUAUUUCCUGUUCAUUUGGAUGGAACUUUACUGGACAAUUCCACCGCUAUGAAAGCUAAAAAGGAAUUCUUUUCAACCUCAGAUGUUCUUCAGAUAUUUCGGCAGCUGUGUGCAGGACUCAAACAUAUGCACAGUCUUGAGCCUCCAUAUGCACAUAAUGAUGUCAAGCCUGGUAAUGUUCUUUUAACCCGUAGAAAAGGGCAACCGCCUCUUUCUAUAUUGAUGGAUUUCGGGAGUGCUCGUCCUGCAAGGAAGCAAAUUCACUCUCGUUCUGAGGCACUACAGCUUCAGGAAUGGGCAUCUGAGCACUGUUCAGCACCUUUCCGAGCUCCUGAGUUGUGGGAUUGCCCAAGCCAUGCAGAUAUUGAUGAGAGAACUGAUAUUUGGUCAUUGGGCUGCACCUUAUAUGCAAUAAUGUAUGGGGUAUCCCCAUUCGAGUAUGCACUUGGAGAAUCGGGAGGAAGCCUGCAAUUGGCCAUUGUAAAUGCACAGAUUAAGUGGCCAGCUGGACCUAAACCGCCAUAUCCAGAAGCUCUUCACCAAUUUGUGACAUGGAUGCUUCAGCCUCAGGCUGCUGUUCGCCCUUUCAUUGAUGAUAUCAUAAUUCAUGUUGACAAGUUGAUCUCAAAGUUUUCACAGUGAUAUCAUAUAACUUGAGAAAGGAAGGGCAUUGAAACCAGUGAUGUACAAGUUGACCGUGCACAUUCUAGCAAUGUGCACCAUAAGAGUCGGUUACUUUGCAGGUCAUUUAAAUACUUCAGAAGUAAAGCGUAUAUGAAAGCAAUAGCAGUUCCUUAUUUAAAUAUUACAUAGAUAAUCCUUUUUGGGGUAAUUGUGGUAGUUGUGCAUCGAUUCGUUUAUGGUAACUAUUUAACUUCAUGAUCUGUAAUUUAUUGAAGUCCAGAUCUCUCUCUGCAUUCAAUAUUCAAUUUUUUAGGAAACUCCAAUAAUUUGUGUUA